CCUCCCAUCGUUUCCUAGAACUUGGCUCAGUGUAGGAGAGCUCCUCUAUCCAGUGCCUAUGCCAGCUGCUCUCAGGAGGCAAGGAGAGAGAAAAUGAAGCCUCUGUUUUGCUUCCUGCUUUUAUUCUUGAUUUCUGAAAUGCACAGCUUUGAUCUCGUCAUCGAGGGGAUCCCAGAUAAUCUGGAGAAUUUACGUAACCUGGAGGUCGACGGAUUCCUUUCAAAGCUGAUGGCAGGAAGUGGCAGGUACCAGAGAAGCGCAUCGGACGAGCACUCUGGAGAGUCGACGGACGACAGUGACAAGAUAGGUAUUUACAGCUACAAAGUCCAGUCCACGAUCACGUCGCGUCUGGCCAGCACAAUGAUCCAGAGCAAAGUGGUGAAUAAUGCUAAGCAUCCCCAGCACCUGGUGUUUGAGGUGCAGAUCCCCAAAGGAGCCUUUAUUGACAACUUUACUAUGGAUGUCAAUGGAAUAACAUUUACCAGCUCCAUUAAAGAAAAAUCUGAAGCCAGGAGAAUGUAUGCUCAAGCCAGAGCCAAAGGCAAAGCUGCUGGAAUAGUGAGGAGCAAUGCCCUUGACAUGGAAAACUUCAGAACAGAAGUGAAUGUGCCAGGAGGAACAAAGGUCCAGUUUGAAAUUCAUUAUCAAGAAAUGAUUCGGAGGAGAUUGUCAUCUUAUGAGCACACUAUCUCUCUGAGACCCGGGCGACUGGCAAAGCACCUUGAGGUAGACAUCCGGAUUAUUGAGCCUCAAGGACUUCGGUAUGUGCAUACUCCUAACACACUGGGAGAUCACUUUGAUGGACUCACUACCUUGUCAAAGGGAGAGAAAAAGGCCCACAUCUCCUUCAAACCAACACUGGCCCAACAGCGAAAAUGCCCCACGUGCUCCUCCACGGCAGUAGAUGGGAAUUUUGUGGUGCAGUAUGAUGUGAAUAGAGAAAAGGCGGCUGGGGAACUAGAAGUUUUUAAUGGCUAUUUUAUUCACUUCUUUGCUCCUGAAAAUCUGGAUCCUCUGCCCAAAAACAUCUUAUUUGUUAUUGACGUCAGUGGCUCAAUGUGGGGCCUGAAAAUGAAACAAACCAUUGAAGCAAUGAAGGCCAUUCUGGGUCAGCUACAGCCUUCAGAUCAGUUUUCUCUCCUUGAUUUCAACCACAAUGUCCGAUGCUGGAGGGAUGGUUUAGUUGAAGCCACUCCAUCACAGAUUGACGAGGCCAAGAACUACAUCCAGGGAAUCCAUCCUAAUGGGGGUACAAACAUCAAUGAAGCUCUUCUUCGAGCAACAUUCAUUCUAAAUGAAGCCAAAAACUUAGGAAUGCUGGACCCCAACUCAGUCUCUAUGAUCGUCUUUGUGUCCGAUGGAGACCCCACUGUAGGUGAGCUGAAGUUGACUACAAUCCAGAAGAAUGUGAAACAGAACAUGCAGGAUGACUUCUCUUUGCACUGCCUUGGGAUUGGAUUUGAUGUCGACUAUGAUUUCCUACAGAGACUUGCUCAGGAAAACCGUGGCACAGCCCAGAGGAUUUUUGGAAAUCAGGAGACCUCUUCCCAAAUGCAGCAAUUCUACAGCCAAGUCUCCACCCCGCUCCUCAGAAAUAUCGAGUUCAACUAUCCUCAGGAAUCGGUGUCAGACAUCACCCAGAACAGCUUCCAUAACUAUUUUGGAGGGUCAGAGAUUGUGGUGUCGGGGAAGGUCGACACUCAAAACUUGCAGCACCUGGAGAGUAUUGUCACAGCCACUGCCUCGAAUGCACAGCUAGUCAUGGAAACUCUGGCGGAUGUCGAGGAAAUGGAUGAUUUCAUGACCAAAGAUAAAUACGCAGACCCCAAAUUCACUGAGAAGCUGUGGGCCUAUUUGACUGUCAACCAGCUUCUAGCUGAGAGAAACCUGGCCCCCACCGCUGCUUUGAAAAGGAACAUCACCAAAUCAAUCUUACAGAUGUCUCUCAACCAUCACAUUGUGACCCCCUUCACAGCCAUGGUGAUAGAAAAUCCCAACGGGGACGAACGAAUGCUGGCAGAUCAACCUCGAGACAUCAAAAAAGGCUGCUGCCCAGGUACCCUGGGGAUAACCCCAAAAGUCCCUGACAAAACCAUCCCAUCCUGGGCAAAUCCCACAUCUGUGGUACCAAGUCCAGCAUCUGCACAAAAAGCUCCAACGUCUGAAAUGAAACCCAUACACGCAGUUGAUAAUGACCCACAUUUCAUCAUCAACCUGCCAAAGAGCCAAAAGAACAUCUGCUUCAACAUCAACGCUGAGCCUGGAAAGAUUCUGAACUUGGUUUCAGAUGCUGAUACUGGAGUUGUAGUCAAUGGGCAGCUCAUCGGGGCCAAGAAGCAACAGAAUGAGAAACUGAACACCUAUUUCGGCAAAAUCGGCUUUUAUUUCAAAAGCAAAGGCUUGAAAGUAGAAGUCAGCACACAGCUGAUAACCCUGAAAGAUGGAUCUUACAGCACUGGGCUGUCCUGGGCUGACACUGGAAGCAUCAUUCGGAAAAGGUUGCUGGUGUCCGUGAAGAAGGAACACAACGUGACUAUCACAGUGGAUGAGGAAAUGUCCUUCAUGGUUGUACUUCACCGUGUGUGGAAGAAUCACCCUGUCAACGUUGACUUCUUGGGAAUCUACAUUCCCUCUUCAAAUUCAUUUUCUUCCAAAGCACAUGGGCUGAUAGGCCAGUUCAUGCCUGAACCAGAAGUGUCUAUCUUCAACGAGAGACCUGGUCAGGAUCCAGAGAAACCAGAAGCCACCAUGGAGUUCAAAGGACACAAACUUACAGUCACCAGAGGGUUGCAGAAAGACUACAGGAUUGACCGAGUGUUUGGAACGGAUGUGCAGUGCUGGUUUGUGCACAACAGUGGAAAGGGUUUCAUUGAUGGGUAUUACACAGAUUAUCUCGUCCCCCACCUGUACAGCUUUCUGAAGAAUCCCUGAAAGGCCAAAUGCUAAACCAGUUUAUAAAGAAGAAAAAUCGUUUUGUUUCCUUUCCAUGCUCAAGACAACUCAUUCUUCUUGGCCUAACAACCCAGGCCACUGGGUAACAGGUAUUUGACUAAAGCGGCCAUUGAUUCAAGUAGUGUUUCAGACUGGAGGAGCAGGAGACUGUCACUGUAAAACACAAAAUUGCUUUCCUUUAUAAAUACAUUUCUUAAUAAGUAGUACAUUUAAAAAAAAAUCAAAAACUGUAAUAAAACUACUUGUUGGAUUAUAGUAUUGUAUCUUCUACAUGCAGUAUCUGAUUUGGGUUGAUGCCAAACUCAAUUAAAUAUUUCAACAGAGGGAUAUUUAAGGAGACCUGCAAGAAUGCUGUAGAUGUAUUUGCUUUCUUAGCAAAUAAAUGACAGUAUUUAGCACUUAAUCCAUUGUUUUUAUCUGCUAAGCAUUUUGAAUACAUUAAUGAAAGUAUUCUAUAAAGUUUCAUGUAGCUUAUGCAUGGACAAUAAAUCUGGGUAAGUGGGAGGAAAACAGUAGUGCUCACAUUACGGAAUAAUCCCAUCAAUAGAGGAAGCUUCACUUUGUCAGAAUCAGAAGGUGAGAAGGGACCUCAAAGGCCAUCUAAUCCAACCAACCCCCUGUACGGAUGCAGGAUGCACUACCUCCAAGCUAUCCCAGACAGAUGCCUAUCCAGCUUCUUCGUGAAACCAUCUGAUGAUAGAGGUUUCACAACUUCUCUGUGUAACAUGUUCCACUGUCUUAUUGUUCUUACUGUUAGAAAGGGUUUUUUUUCCUCUGACAAUUAAUCUAAAUCUGUUUGGCUGCUGUUUAAACCCAUUGCCCUGUAUCUUGUUUAACAAACAAGACUUAGAUAGCAUGGACCAACAUAGUCCAUGCUCAUAAGCCCAAGAUUUAGAUCACAUGUAAAUGGACUGUAACUUCUAUACUUUUACUUCAACAUGGAAACAAAUGCACUCUACAAAUUAAAAAUUUGCAUUGCUACCUCUUCUAUGUUCAAAUGCAAAUAAAAUAUACAACCUACACCAACAAACCUAAAUCCACACAAACUCAUGGACAGCUUUUUUUUUUAAUUGGGUAAUUUUACACAAUAUAAAAAUGGCUAAUGGUUCUGUUGCAGACGUUAUGUACUGGACAGCCUUCUAGAAAACAAACAUCAAGACAGCAGCGUCCAACAAGAGGGGAAGUGUCAUACUGCAAUGGGCAUAGAUGCUGUAAUAGUGACAAAUCCUAAAACCAGCUUUGAACAUCCUUUAAAAUAGGUACAUUAACAACAUGUGGGAGCAAAAUCUCAAACCUGAUCAGUGGAGCAAUGGGAUUGGAAGAAUGAAUGUAGAGAUUUCCCAGUAUGUUUUACAAAAAAUAAGUACUUAACAUUAGGCUCCUAAAUCUAUAUGUAAUCACCUAAUAGACGAUCUUGUCUACAAAAUGCUGCAUAUCCAAGAGCUUCCCCUGACCUCAGUGCAAAUAUCAUUGUUUUUAAA